ACAGGUAGAGCCUGUCUGCAGACACACCUGAGCCUCCGCAGACGCCUGACAGAGCUUCAGUAUCACCUCCACCUGCCGGGACGCACUCCGCUACGACGCUUAGACAUGAACUUAGGAAAGAUCAUCGGGGAAAAAGUGGGAGAAUUGGUGGCGGACGCAAUAACAGACGCUCUGGGCGGCGACAAGGACGAAGAUGAUAAGAAAGGAGGAUUCCUCUCCAUGUUUGGUGGUGGUGACAAAGACGACGACAAGGACAAGGACAAGGACAAGGGAGGCCUUUUUUCCUUUGGAGAUGACAAGAAGAAGGACGACGACGACGACAAAGGAGGAUUCUUCUCAAAAAUCUUUGACAGAGAUGACGACAAGGACAAGGUGCCGAAGAAGUCGGGGUUCCAAGGUCUCUUCAUCGAACACGGGAUCGAAGGCGCUGCCGGAGGGAACGAUGGGGAAUUCGGGGGAGGAAGUGAAGACAUUGGAAGAUUUAAGGGGCAGAGUGUAGCUGUGAGUGAUGGAGAUUUGUUUGACGAUCUGAUGGACGUGGCAGAAGAAACAUCUAAAGGGGAUUAAGAUGACAGACCUGGAAACCACAUCCUCAUGAAAACCUGAUUCUGCUGAAGGUCCGACUCAUCUGAAAGAACUCAGAGGAGAUUUCCAAAGACUGAAAAAUCUAAAAUAUUUCUUAAAAUUUACUACUACUGUUGUCCCUUAAACAGCGUCUGUAUUUAAGUGGGUUGGAACGCCUUAAACAACGUCCAGUAACCGUCUGUUGUGACAUUUAAUGGAAAUAUAUACGAUUGUAAAUGUAUUAAAGGAAAAGGUCAGUAUAAAAAGAAAA